GUUGCACAACAUCCCUGUGCUGUGCCGUAGGCUGCCCGGAAGGCACUUCAGGAAAUGUUCAAGCCUAAAGCUGAUCCUCUGCGGCUGGAAUAUGAGCAAGCCGCGGCCGAGGAGGAUGUGGACGAUCUGUCGACCGAGGACGGCACAGAAUGGCUCCAGAGCAAGGGGCUCGCUGGAGGAGACGAUGAGGAGCUCGACGAGAACGGUAUCCCGGUCGUGAAGCUCACGCGUGCCAGCAGCAGCUUCAUCUUGGACGGUCCUGGCGACGUCAAGGUCGACAACUUCACCCCUGAAGGCGAGGACGUGGACUUCACUGUGUUGCAGGCCGCAACCUCCGGCUCAGUGCCUGUCGCCGUGCCCUUGGCGCCCGCCACAGCCACGGCCGCCAGCAGCAGCAGCGGCGCCGGUGCUGCCAGCGCCAGCUAUGUGCCUUCAGCCAUCGCGCGGGCUGCGGCCACAGCCACCUCGGCCACCGCCAGCAGCAGUAAGGCGUCCGGUGCCAAGGCGCCGGCAGCGCCGGCCGCAACGGGGCCGGUUAUGACGCUUGAGGACGAGUUGAAGGCGCUCAGAGCGGCGCGGAGCACUGGCCAGCAGCCCUCAGCCGCGGCAGCCGGCGCCGGGAGCGCCAACGGCGCUGCCCCUUCGGACUGGCAGGUCUCGGACGUUGCCGCGGACGACGAGGACGCUCCGGAAAUCAUCAUUGAGCCAGCCGGGGCCCCGGGCGGCUCCCGUCGCGCCAUCCAGCGCUACAGUGCCAGCAACGCAACUGUUGUCGACGGCGCAGCUGUGGGGCCGGGGACGGGGGCAGGGACAGCAGGGCCGCCUGGCGGGGCGGCGACAGGCGCCAGCGCCAGCACCGCCGCCGGUGCGCCUGGGGCGGCGGACCCUGCGGAGCCCAGCUGCCUGCCCGGGGAAUGCCAGGACACGACGCGGGAGGACGCUGUGUGGCGGGCGAUGCACGGCGGGGAUGACGGCCGGGCGCUGCUGGAGCACAUGGGGCUGGGCGGCGGAGCAGCAGCAGGGUCAGGAGACGAGUCAGCUGGGGAAGAGGAGGCUGCGGCCGGCACACGGCCACAGGAGCACAGCAACGGGGACCGCGCCAACAGCCACGCAAAGGCUGAUGGUGGCGAUAGCGCGGCAUCCUCGUCAGGAGUCGAUGUGCAGGGGGCGCCUGGCAGCAGCGCACCGGCGGCGGCGGCAGCACCAGAUGCAAAAGCUGCUGCAAAUGCCGCUGUCGUCGGACAGCCAGCGACGGCGGCUGGCGGAGAGUUGGGGCCUGUGGCUAGCGCCGUUGCCACGGUAGCGGCAGCGCACGAGGCCGGUGCGGCCAGCACGGCACCGGUACAGCAGCAGCAGCAGCAGCAAGAGCAGCAGCUGGUGCUGCGCGCGACGGCGGCGCGGGCGGGGGCCGACAGCAUUGGCGCAUCAGACAGCGGGCCAGUGUUUGAGGAGGUGGAGAAGUUCAGCCUGGACCCGGACUUCGACUACGACAAUGUGGUGCUGACGCGGCGCGAGUUCCCCUACACCAUGCUGGGCGCCUUCGGGCGCGCCGGCGCCGACGCGGCGGGCAUGCCGGCGCGGCGAUAGCGGGGCAGCGCAGCCCUUGCGCGCCCAUGUGGGGACGGGUGUGCGAUGGGACAGUCUUAAGGCAGGUUGGUGAAGUCCCACAGGUUGCAGCUGAUUCCCAGGCCCCAGCAGAUGGCAAACAAUAUGCAACGGCAGGGCAGGGCAGGAGUGCGCGCCUGGUCGAACGCUGGAGUUUGCUGACGCGCAUUCCUCACGCUCCGGGCCCCAUGUGGUGAGGGGAGCGGAGCAGCCAGAUGAAUGGACUGGGAUCGGAGGGCGGAGCUGGAGUACGUGAGUACGGAGUAUGGUGGGGCGUCCACGGUAGUGGACAACGGAGUGCGGUACGGUGGAGGGCGGCAGUGGGUUUGGCCCGCCAUCUCAGUCGUCUGUGGUGCCGGGUUGCGUCCGUUCUAGGCGUGACGGUGACGGGAGUGGCCAUGGGAGCAAUCAGGCAGACAAGCUGGUGAAGAGACAGGCAUGGCGCUUUGGGUUGAGUGUGGCGGGGCUGUAACGUGACAUGGGGGCCGUACAGCGAGAGGGGGCAAGAGUUAGAGAGGAGAGAAGGUGGCGCGUUGCGCGCGCUGAGGGCAGCACAUCUGUUUGUUCUGGAGAUACAUUAGAUGGUUGUAUUGUCCCACGUUGUCCCACGUUAGGAGGUUGUCACACGAGGUUGUCCAGCACUUGAGCUUCCUACCGCAGCGCUUAGCGCCGUCCUUUCCUGACGUCCUUUGCGGCUUUGCGCAGACAUGGGGGACGCCGCACACGCUCGUAGUGCACUCACAGUCGGCGCGAUUUUUAUCGCUGCCCACCCGCCCACCCAGUCCCACCCCGCCUCUGUAAACUCAGUAACUU